ACUGGAAUAUGCAAGUCAAGCCAAAGAACGAAAUAAAAAGGUCAAAAAGCCAUCUAAGAUUACUCUAUAUAGGCAGCAAAGUUCCAACAGUAUAACGUCAAGACCAAAAGUGACGAAAUCCACUCAAACUACAGCGACGACAUUAACUUGA